AUGUCAGAAUCCAAUCUAGAUUGGUUGUUACUGAUUUGUGGCAGACAGAAAUGCCUAAAUGAAAGGCGACGUAGGGACCAGGAGAACGGGUACUUUGAGGAGCUUGCAGAGUUAAUUUCAGCGAGGAUCACGGACAUGAACUCCUUCUUAGUCAAACCGGAGAAGUGUGCAAUACUACAGGAGAGUCUGAAUCAAAUCAAACAGAUCAAACAAGAAGCAGGAUCAGAGGCAGUACAACAAAGUCAAGUGUCGUCCAGCAAGUCCACCGUUUUGGCCAACAAUGUGAUUGGGCCUCUUCUCUUAGAGGCCCUUGAUGGAUUCCUGUUUGUUGUAAACGGUCAAGGAAAAGUUGAAUUUGUGUCUGAAAAUGUGUCCAGUUAUCUUAAAUAUGUAGAGGAUGACCUAGUUGGAAAAAGUGUCUAUAACAUUAUACAUGUAGGGGAUCAUGCCAAAUUUAGUAGCAGUCUUCUUCCUAUGUCCUUGGGGAAAGUACUGCCAGUUUCAUUAGCAAGUGUAAUCCCUUGGUCAACGGAGGCCGUCGCGGCCAAAGGCCGAACUUUUAAUUGUCGUAUGCUGAUAAAACCCCCAAGUGAAGAAAAUGAUGAUGUGGAGGUCAAGCAAACCUAUGUGUCUCAAUAUGAGAAUAUGCAAAUUUCUGCCAUAUUGCAGCCCGGGGAAAAAUUUUCUGAUGCCUCGGAGAGCACAGAAGGCCAGUCUUGUCUAGUGUGUAUUGCACGACGACUUUCUUUAGCAGAGAAGACAAAUACAAUGCUGGGCAUUGAACAAUUUACUACGAAACAGGAUUUAAACGGAAAAAUUAUAGCUCAUGAUACAAGUGGCGUAGCUCCAGGACUUUAUAGUUGCCCGAACUUCAUUGGACAGAAUCUUCAGGAUUUCUGCCAUCUCAAUGACGUACAGAUUUUAUCGAAACACAUACAGGAAGUGCUGAAAUCGAGAUCCAACACAAGUAGUGUAUAUCGCUUUAAGUUAGAAGGCAGUCGGUAUGUGUUUGUUCAAACUAAGAGUACACUGUUCACAAACCAGAACAAUGGUGACCCUGACUUUGUUAUGUCAACCCAUUCCAUCAUUCGUCAGUGUGAUUCAGAUAAUGAACUAAAGGGCUCGGCAUCGUCCAGUCUUAUGAAGUCUAUCAUUGGUCAGUCACCACUGUUGACCGGCCAGCGAAAUCCAAACAGCCCUGUAAAUCAGAACUCUUUGUCCAUGAUGCUUGGCACAUUAAACCCCUCGUUUAUGUCGCAGGGGAUGAGCUCCAGUGGAGUUAUACCCCCUCAGGAGGAUGAGGCUCUGGACCUUUUCACCUCCUCCAACAAUUGGGAUACGUUUGCAUCCGAGAUUUCCGAGAAUAAUUCUGUGGGAGGAAAUAAUAAUGGCAACGGGAACUUUGUUAUGUCCAGUGGGAACUCUCGGACACCUGUGUCGCCAAGUGUUAAUAUGAAUUCAUGGAACAAUAACAUUGGAUCAGUGAAAUCAUCUGUCAUGGCACAACAGUUACAACAGAGACCUACCAUGGCUUCUCUUCCCCAACAGGUCUCAAUGGCCGACAAACGACAGCUUCAAGCUGCCAUGAACUUCCAGAGAAGUAACUCUUUUGAAACCGGAGGACAGAAAAGUCCAGGUUUCUCUCCUAGCUCAAAUUCGAAAAACAUGCCAUUUCCUAUGCUGAAUCAACGUAACAUAGGCAUGAUGGGAUAUUCUAAUCAGCGUAGUCCAGGAAGUAGUUCUGGAUCUUUGAGUCGUAUGUCUCCCGCGGGAAGUGGGAAUAUUGGAGUGCCAUAUCCACAUCAGCGGACCCCACCUAUAUCAUCAGGGCCACCUCCUGUUUCUGGCAACCAGGGGAUCCAAUCGUGGGUGAGAAUGCACCCGCCACAAGUCAGCAACAUUGGCGGUCUCACCACAAGCCAAUCAGCUACACCGUUACAAGCACUUCAGUCCAUGGACACACAGCAAUCAAAUUUGAUUGGCUCAAACCAUGUAACCCCCUCCCCUCGUCUGUCCGGAGGCGAAUUCAAUUUUCCUGGGUCUGAAAACCAGGUUUUAGAAAAGAGAACUACCCCAUCAAAUGCCCGAGUGGGCAAACUGUGUAUGUUACUGACUCAAACAUCAUCGUGUUCUGACUAUGAUUUAUUCAGUCGGAGUUCCUCUGUGGACAGUAAUGCCUCGGGCAUGAGAGAUAGUAAAAUGCAGGACAGUUCUGUUGUGAAAUCUCCAGCGGAUAGUGUGAAUCAGAGUCCACAGCCUGGGCCAGGGCAAAGUCCGUCGGAUAAACCACAGAGCACCACACAGAACGACGAAGGUGAGGUGAGGUCAAAAUCAAAGUCAGACCAAAGCAACUUCAUCCUCAAACAGCUGCUCAGUCAGGAAGAUGAUGUUGAGCAGGAUGCUGAGAAUAAGGGAAGCAAUGAGGCAGGUACACAGGAUAGUUGUGGAGAGAUGGAGAAAAACGAAGCGGAGCCGAAAAAGCCAACCAAUGUGUUACUGAAGCAACUCCUCAGUACAGAAGAAAAUGCUCUUCUACAAGCGAAGAAAAAAGAAGAAGCAAAGGGAAAGCAGAGGAAACUGUCCGGAGAACUUUUACAGAUAUUACUUAGUGAAGAAGAAAUGACAUGUACAUCAGCACCAGCAGAGAGCACUAGUCAAGAAAACGACCUCUCAUCACGCCAUCGCCACCAAUCAGGACCACAGGAGCCCCAGUCGACGACCAUGACCCCGCUCACUCCUCUCACCCCAGUAACCCCAUUGACCCCAAUGACCCCGCAACAUCCGCUACCUCCAACGACCCCCACCCAGUCACAGGGAGGAGGGCCAGUACCCACCACUAUCUCCUUCACCCAAACACAACAUGGAACCUCAUACUCGCAAGCUCAAUCAAGUCUGGACCGAGCACCUACCAAAGUGUCGUCUAUAGGGGGCCCAGCGGGGGCUCCAAUGGGGCCGGACAGCGCCAAAAAGAUCCCAAAUACCUCAUCUCUUCUAGGAGACAAAAACCUUGAUAAUCUACUCAAUUAUUUCUGGGAAAAAGGAAAUGAAGAGAAUAGUGUAACUAGCAACAGCUUAGCCUCAAAGGCUCUGAAGCGGAAAGCACCUCCUUCGGAUUCUGAAGGCCCUGAUGGAUCAGAUUCUGAGAUGGUUUUGAAUAACAUGAAACAACAACAGCUGCAGGCCCAAAUACAGCUUCAGCUACAGCAGCAGCAGCAACACCAACAACAACACCAACAACAACAACACCAACAACAACAUCAGCAACAACAUCAGCAACAGCAGCAGCAGCAGCAGCCUCAGAGCAGCAGUCUGAUACAGAAAAAUGCCCUGCUUGCACGACUGUUAUCACGUAAAAACGCAAAAGAGACAAAGGUAUUAACCCAGUUGACCAUAGGCCAGUCUGCAAAUCCUUGUGAAAAUCCUCAUAAUAGGUUACCGAAGAAUUUGUCUGAGAAAAUCAUGGUCUUAAAACCAACAGAUAAGCAAAAUCCCCCAAAGAAGACAAAAGACGAAAGCAACAACAAGGAGGUAAAGAUGGAAACUUCCUCAUUUUCCGUGAACGGAACCAGUAAACCAGACGACUGUUUGAGUCGGCUGACAAAUACCGCCAUGGAUGUUAGCAUCAACUCCAAUAACAACAUGAAAGCAUCGUCGUCAAGUUUCAACUCGUUAUCAGCAGUAACACCCAACAACUCAAGCCAGCAGUACCAGGAGCAGUAUGCCCAGCUGCAACAACUCUUGUCUGGUAGUAACCCUAGCAACCAACCGCCUAACAACAUGGAGAUAGACCAAGUCGAUAAUCCAGAUGCCUUGCUGGACCAGAUUCUCCAGCAGGCUGCAGACUUACAACAAGACAUGUCUCAGGGCAAUAUACAGAGAUCAACACCAAACUUUUCUGAUGAGUCUAUCAUAUCUCAGCUUGAGCAGGUCCUGAGCGAUUCUGGCUUCUCAGAACUGGAUAGCAUGCUGGGGCUAUCGCAGGAUGUUGGAAAGGUUCGGACGGACGCCAGUGAUGACAUAGCUAUCAAGGCAAUACAGCAACAGUUGAUGAGCGAAGAGCCAUCCCAGGCAAAGAAAGCCACACAGCCAGCAAUGAUGGCCCAAACGAGGGUAACAUCUAGUAUGGCCCAACCCCAAGGAUUCAACCCGGCUGUGAUAGGACAGCAGCAACAACAGCAGCAAAUGGGACAGAUGUCCCCGGGGAUGGGAAUUAAUAACCUUCGCUUUCAACUGCAGCAGGUAACGCCACGAGCCCAGCAGCAGCAGCAGCAACAACAGCCCCCUGCACUGUCCCCACAGCAAGGGUUCAACCAGGCAGCUCCCUCCAACUUCAGUGCCCAGGGGCCAAGGCUUCCUGGACCACAAGUGCCCCUUGCCAGUGCCUUACAAGGAAAUCAGCAGCAGCAACAGCGACCUGUUUUCAGCAUGAACCCCAACUCGACGGCUAGCCAAGUACGACAAUCUCUUCUCCAUCAGCAAAAACUCAAGCAGAUGCGUGAGAUUGAGAAGCGGAGGAUGGAGAGACAGCGUCGCUUACUUCAGAGUCAACUAAGCCAGCAGUUCAACCAGCAUUUUCCUCCGGGAAUGGAGAACCAGGUGAAUGCCUUUCCAGAAAACCUUGGAGAUUUAAUGAACAGCGGCAGUGCUCCUAAUGUAACUAUACAGCGGAAUCAAAUACCUGGACCGAUGUCCCCCCAUUACAGUCCAGCAGGACUUCAACAGAUCCUGGGCCCAGGCACACCCAACAGUCCGAUGACCCAGCAGGGGCCACCAACACCUCAGUCGUCAAACCCUUCUAUGAACUCUAUGAUGGGGCCGACACCUCCCUCGUCCCAGAUUUCUCCCCAUUUUAAUCAGCCGCAGAACCAGUGGGGAGUAUCCCGUUCACAACAGCCCGGCAGCAUGCAGAGUCCUAUGAGUAUUCCCCAGGGGUCACAAUUCAAUAUGAAUCGACACCGGUCAAUGUCUGGAGGGUCAAUACCCAACUCAAACCAUCAACAAAGCCGUUUCCAGUUUCCCGGAGAAGGACAGUUCAGCGGAAACCAGGCUGGUGGAAACUCCAUGGGAAUAUUUAAUCAACAGACACAGCAACAACAAAUGUUUAGUCAGAACCGACUGAUGCAGCGACAGAUGAGCCUACCCCCAGGUCGAGCGUCACCCCGUACCCCCCACAGUCCCUUUGGAAGCAGUCCUGAUCCCCUACUAAUGUCACCACACGCUAUGUCACCGAACACAUCACACCGACAGCCAACCAAUCAGGUUAGCCCACCCUUCAACCAAUCGGUGUCCACAGCGAGCUUUAACCCGCCUAUGUCAAACUUCAAUCCUGCUGUGUCGAGUAUGUCUGGAAUGUCACGGUUGGGUCAGGUGACCAACUCUCAGGGGGCAGCACAGGCAUCAACAGCCUUCGACGAUUUUGAUAUGCAGUUUGGAGACCUAGAACCAAGUAAAAAGUUGGACCUCGGUUUGGGGAUGGGCGUCAAUUCUACAUCACAAUAUGUUAAACAAGAGCUGCGAAAUAUAUGUGCUGCUCGAUCAGAAAAACAAAACCAACAACAACAACAACAGCAGCAACAACAAUUACAAGCCAUGCAGCAGCAGCAACAACAACAACAACAGAUGGCACAUCAACAACAGGAUAACUCUAGUUAUGAGUCUAGUGAAAUUCCUCUCGACAUAUUUGAGCAGAUUGAUGAGAUGGCAAAGGAACAUGGUGUCAACCCCGGACAAACUAGGGCAAGUCUUACCCUAGGUGACUUCAAGGAGGAAGAUAUUGUCCAGAAACAGCGCCAGGAGGCUAAAGACCGUUAUCAACAGUUCCAGGCCCUGUCUAAACUGGACAAGCCAGAACCAGCAGAAGUAGCUGAUCCGGAAGUGAAGGCCACGUCUUUGUUUAGAGCACAACUACUACAGCCGGGUCAGCAAGCUGGGGCAGGCGUAAGGCAACAAGGAUUGGUGGACAGACUCAAGGUCCAGGUGGUUCAAAAAGAACCAAGGACAAACUGCGAGGACAUCAAGCCAGCUGAGCACAAGAACAGUCUCCUGCAACAGCUUCUCUCCUCAGAAUGACGAAACGCCACGUUUAGAUUUUGAAAAAAUUCUUAUUGUUAUUUCUAUAUUGACUUAUCAGUGCGGAUGGAGAAACACGGGUUAUAAACUGAUUCUACUCUGUGUGAAUAACACAUUGAACAGACAGAAUCCACGCAGUGUGAGAUAUUCCAAAAUGGAUUACCAGCUGUUUGAAAUGUGGUGUGAUUCUACAUUAGAAUUGGGAGACUGUGAAGGGGAUAUUUACGUGUGGAAGACAGUAUCCAUUCAAUAUUGAAAGAUUGAAAAAUCAAGGAAAUGUUAAAAAAUUCAGAUUUGACAAAGGCAUCUUUUUGAUGUAUUAUAAAGGAAUGGGUUCUAUACUGAAAGUAUGGAAAUAUACAAGGCUCAUCAGGGAAGGGCGAUCAAACAAUCAAUGGUUCUGAUUUGUGGAUUAGAUCCAGAGUUCAGGACAUUCCUUGAAAGGAUGCUAGGGUAUGUGUAUUGGAUUGAAGUAGUUAACAAAUGGAGGUGCUAACUAUGAAAAAGAUAUUAAAACUCAGUGUGUCUAGUGACAAAAUAUAGUAAGCAUGGAGGCACAAAGUGUCUAGUGACAAAAUAUGGUAACCAUGGAGACACAGUGUCUAGUGACAAGAUAUGGUAACCAUGGAGACACAGUGUCUAGUGACAAGAUAUGGUAACCAUGGAGAUACACAGUUUCUGAUGGACAUGAUAUGGUCACAGUCACGAACAGGGACAAUUUUCAUGUAAUCUGUGACCAAAAUAGGCAAAGUGUGUCUAGGGACAAAAUAUAGUCAUCCAGAAGUUAUAUAGCGUCUAAAGACAUAUGGUGAUGGUAUUGUGUGACAGAGUUAUCGGUGAUGGCUACUAUACCUGCAAAUCGGGCCGACAAUCAGAGACAAUAUGGCUACCGAACACUAAGCGGCCAAGUCGUUGGUGACCAGAAAAUAUAAUUCCCAUACACAUCACUAGUAACGGAGUUGUAUGAAUAUGUAUUGUGACAGACCCUCCUACGCCUGUUGAAUGUGAGCACGGUGGCACUGAAAGUAAACGAGGGGAGGAGAAACAAUGGUGUCUAAAGUAAAACAGGGAAGGAGGAACGACAGGAAUAGCUCUGCUACUCUCCCAUGGUAUGGGAACCAGUCGAAGUGCUCAAGCCGGUAUAGGGCUUAAAGCACAAAGUGCCUAAUCAAAUCACGAUAAACCAGGGAUUUUUCUUCAAUUAAACCUAUGUAUACUUAAUGGAGUAAGUGUAUAUUUUUCGUAUCUGAAGAUAUGUAUCGUGUUUUUACCUGACAGCAAUGAAAGAAGUAUAGAUUUCUGUAGGUAUCAUCAUUAGUCACCAUGGACCAAAGGAACACUUCCUAUGGAAUUUUGUCAUCUUCAAUUUUCCAUUACAUCAACACAGAUCCUGCAGUUGUCCCGAAUUUCCAUGUUGAAUGUUUGAAAUUAACGACCGUUUCAACAUGACUUAUUAUCUAUAUCUGUAUCAUUCACGCCUAUCUUCUAAAAGUACACUUCAAAUUUCACUCAUCAAAACUUUAAAAUGACAGAAAUCACCAGAUUCUUCAGAACAGAGGGAAAUUAUGACGUUGAAUACAAAUUAUAUAUUACAUGUGAGAUAGUUUAUUCUAGGCAGCUAAUACGUAGGCCCCUUUCCCGUUAUUUUUCAAUUUAAUCGAGCUAAUGCCUUAGAAACAGUUGGAACGUCUAAGUUACAUAAAGUGUGUUAUUGCCUUCAAUUAUACAUGGUGAUGAAAAGGAAUGUACCGUGUAUAGAUCUCACAACCUUUUACUUAAAUCGGGACUACGGCACCAAGCAACAGUAUGGAUGUGCGAGGCAAUUUCUUCGUAAAGAACAAUUAUUGUAGUGUUUUCCUUCAAAAUCAAAACGCUGGCUCUUGCUACAUUACAACGAAGUUAUAGAAGAAAUUGUCUGAACCUGUGAUUGUUUUCUUGUCUGACCUCUGUUAUAUGUAUCUGAUCAUGGACCGAAUUUGUAGAGCUAUACCUACAGUCUGUCAGACAGCAUAGUGGGAAAUUCUACCGGGAACAUAAUCGGACGAUUCCCGAAACGUACAGGAUGUCGCCAAGAUAUUUCCUCCAUUUAUUACAGUCCGAGCUCACAAACUAUAUACUCAUUGUCAGUUCUUGGGUAAUAAAUAAUGGGUUUUGUCUACGAGGCAAAUGAUCCAGGAAAAUUGAGGCAUUUCCUUACAAGAAACUCAAUCAAAAUUGAAGCUGUGUGUUUCGAAGUGGUACCUGGUACUACUGCAACUUUCCAGAAGGAUUUCUUGUGGGUGAUAAGAGUUUGGGCCGUAAAAUGUAUAUUUCCACAUGUAACAUAUACUUUGUGUAUAUAAAUAGCAGUAUAACAUGUCCAUAUAUAUUAUAUAUAUAUCAAAUAUAUGUCUUGUUCACUCAUUCAUUUGAUGUUUUAAAGUAAAACAUUGUGUGAACAUGCACAGUGCUGUUGUAAUGAUCACAAAAAACUCAUCCCUUCAUUUUAUCUGUAGAAUAUUUCAUCCAGAUCGUAACCCUAUUUUUGUUCCCAUUAAUUGAUAACAAGAUUACAUUGUAAGUAUAGGAUUUAUAUAUAGUGUAUAUAUAUAUAUCAACACAUUUGUUUUCUCCUGUUUUUUGUUUUCGUUUUUUUUUUUUUUCAGAAGAGGAAUAUAAAGAGAGGCUGAACUUAUUGAAAAUAUUUUUAUCUUAGGAACCUUGUAUAGCUAUAUAUAUAUACAUAUGUCUUUACCACCUCGUACUUUAAAACUUGUGAUCAUUGUUUGAAGUUUUUAUUGAAAUGUCUUGCCAACUACCUGGUAUGUAAAGUAUUAUUUUUAUUUGCAGUUUUAGGUUAGGAAAAAUAAAAUGUUUACUUACAUAUUACUUCUAUACAAUACAAAAACAUAUUACUUCUAUACGAUACAAAAACAAUCCAUUUCUUUUUAUGUGAAAAGAUCAGAAGUUCUAAGGUCAUUUAUGUAUACGAAAAGGUCAAACGAUCUAGGGUCAUUUAUGUAUACGAAAAGGUCAAACGAUCUAAGGUCAUUUAUGUAUACGAAAAGGUCAAACGAUCUAGGGUCAUUUAUGUAUACGAAAAGGUCAAAUGAUCUAGGGUCAUCUAUGAAUGUGAAAAGGUCAAACGAUCUAGGGUCAUCUAUGUAUACGAAAAGGUCAAAUGAUCUAGGGUCAUCUUUGUAUACGAAAAGGUCAAGCGAUCUAGGGUCAUCUAUGUAUACGAAAAGGUCAAAUGAUCUAGGGUCAUCUAUGUAUACGAAAAGGUCAAACGAUCUAGGGUCAUCUAUGUAUACGAAAAGGUCAAAUGAUCUAGGGUCAUCUAUGAAUGUGAAAAGGUCAAACGCUCUAGGGUCAUUUAUGAAUACGAAAAAAAGGUCAUACGCUCUAGGGUCAUCUAUUCUAUACGAUACGGUCAAACUAUCUAGGGUCAUUUAUAGAUACGAAAAGGUCAAACGCUCUAGGGUCAUUUAUGAAUACAAAAAGGUCAAACGCUCUAGGGUUAAUUUAUGAAUACGAAAAGGUCAAACGCUUAGGGAAAGCUAUGUAUAUGGAAAGGUCAAAUGCUCUAGGGUUAUUUAUUCUAUACAAUAUAUAUGUAUAUGGAAAGUUCAAAUUAUAUAACAAGUUGUGAGAUAUCAUUGAUGGAUAAGCUGAUGAGGUCAAGUUGUGUUUAGUCUUUAAUGAAGACAGUUAAAGGACUACCCUAUUCCAACAGAUCUUCUUUUCACAUUCUGUGCUAAUAUAUAACUGUUAUAAGUUUAUUUUUCAAUUUUCAUUAGGAAUUUGAAUACCUGAUUUGUCAGAAGAAACUUCUUUUAUGCACAACUCCUCUCUUUAUUGUACUUAGCUUUAGAAAACAACUAAUUCUCAUUGAUGUCGUAGCUUAAUAACUUUAAGUAUUAAUGACAUUUACUCAGUUUUGUUCAUUAUUAAAUUGAAUUUGAUUAGUUUUUUUUUUAAAUUACACUAAACGGGUCAUAUGAGACUUGCUCAAAAGCGUUCCUAUGAUAAAAAUACUUUUUUAGUAGAUGAAUUUGCAAUAUCCAAUGUUAUGUGUGUACUCAGGUCCUUUGAAUUUGUUGAAAUGGAAGUCACUUUGUGAUCCAGCGACAACACCAGUGGCUGGAAAAUGAUGUAUUUUUGUUGCGGUUGGUGUGGCCAGACAUUGUAUUAAGUUGUAUAAUGUAGAGUAUGCAAAAACUGGAUUUAAUGUUGUGCAUUAUACAUUGCACAACAUGCUUCAAUACCGGUUGAUUUGUUUGUCCACUUGUUGUGUUGCUUUGUGUUCUCUCACUUUGCCAUUAAUAAGAUUGUCUAUGUUCAAAAUGAUAAUGUAUAUGGUAUUUUGAAAUCAUAUGAAAUCAAUUUCUGCUUCUAAAACACCACGGGAACUUGGCACAAAUUCCCAACCCACUGUCCAUAUGCAUGUAUUAUAUUUGAUGAAUGAUACAUGAUUGGGGAUAGUGGGCUCUACCACAGGGGCUUGGCACAAAUUCGUAAACCAAUCAAUAUGUAUGUAUUAUAUUUAACAAUUAAUACAUUGACUGUUCUUUUAUUGGUAUGGAACUUUUGCCAAGUCGCUGUGGUCUGUUCAGGUGUUAAGACAGGAUAUACAACCAUAUUUCAGCUAGUAAAACAAUAACGAUAUUAGGGCCUAAAAGACUGGGAUGAAAAUGUAACGAUAUUAGGGCUUAAAAGACUGGGAUGACAAUGAAGAUUAUUUAAACAAAGGAUCUGUAGUAGUACAUAAUGCAUAAAUUAAGGUCAGUAUUUACUUGGGCUGUUUUUUAAUACAGCUAAUUGGAUUGAUGACGGUUGUCAGUGUUUUUUACAUGUUAAAGGGAUAUUCCGCACAAGGAAGGAUUUCAUUUAAUGUUUUUUGGGGUUUGUUUUUAGGUCAUCUGAUGACCUAUAGUCAUCGUGCUUCGUCCGUCGUCGUCCGCCGUCCGCCGUGCGCCG